AUGUCUGAAAAAAGGACGCCAGAAGAUCUUCCUGACCCUCUUACCAAACUCUUCGUACAGCCCUUGCUCCCCGCGUUAGGGGUUGGGACUGCUACAGGGUGCUGUGGUGUCGCCUAUGGAAGAAUAGCAGCAAUCCUCAUCUCAUCACCCACUCCAGGAUUAUAUACCGCUCUUUCCGGGGCACAAUGGUUUUGCGCUGGCUCGGCCUACUUCUGUAUGUCUUCUACCCCCCUAAAUGUUUCCACCAAACUGACCCAAGAGCGAGAUUGCCGCAGUGUCAUGUUAGGAGGUCCAUUGUCUCGGGACAAUGGGCUUCAUCGUGUUGCUGCAAGUAGCAUCAGUGGAGCAGUUGCCGGCGCAGUAGCUGCGAAGUUUGUGCCCCGAGGAGCUGUGGUUUCUGGAAGUAUUAUGUUUGGGAUCCUUGCAGCUGUCACUCAAACAGGACUGAACUCUCUCGGAGACCUACCUCCUACCUCUAAGAUGCCUUCAGUCCUAAAACAAGGGGUAGCUAGUUUGAUCCCGAUGAAAGCACUCUCGGAUAAAGAAUAUGAGGAUCUUCUUCAGGACAAGAUUCUCAAAAUCGAGGCAGAGAUUUCAAUUCUAGACGAUCAGAUCGCGGAGCUGCGGACAGCAAGUAGACAGCUAGCUCGAAGCGAAGCAGCCGAAUCGAAGGACGAUCCGAGAUGA